GACUGCCCAACUCCUCUCCCGGAACAAGCUCUGCCAUCCAGGUGCCUGUCCGCGAUACCGACUUAUCUACUCCCUUCCGCAUUAUUCGCCAUCAAGCAAUAACUAUGGCCCCUCACGGCCCACCUCGUCUUCCUCCCCCGCCAUCCCCCCAAUGGGUGAUUGACCUGAACAACCUCCCUUCCUCUCGCCCUAGGCCUAAUCCUUCCAUUCCCGAUCCCCCGGGCUUCUCCCAGGGCUCCGCCGGCAAAGUAUGCUUCACGUACCCCGUAUUAUCGCAGGCUUUACUCAUCUCUGUCCCAGGGAAAAUCGAGUAAAUCUCACCCGACCCCUACACCCACUGAAACCGAUGACCUCUUCCUCAAGAAAGCAUGGGAGCUCGCCCUAGCACCGGCAAAGUCAAUCCCCAUGAACGCUAUAAUGAUGUACAUGUCCGGCAACACUCUCCAAAUUUUCUCCAUCAUGAUGACUGUCAUGUUGUUCAUGAACCCUCUCAAGGCACUUUCUACUGUUGGCAGUACCUUUGCUCGGUUCGAUAACGAAAGGACUCACACAAGACUCUGGCCGGUCAAGCUUGCUUACAUUGGGCUUCAAAUUGCUACGAUUGCUCUUGGUAUAUGGAAGGUCAACGGGAUGGGGCUAUUGCCGUAUGUUUCCCUCGAGAAAUUUUGUUCUGUAUGGAGAUUUUGUUACUAACUAUUCCGCCCGCGGUCAGGACUACACCCUCCGAUUGGCUAGCUUGGGAAAGGGAACGGCAAAGUUUGGAGUUAUCUGCAAUGGCAUUUCAUUAACAGCUGUUACUUUGAAGGAGCUUCCUCUUGGCGCACAAGUUACAGCCCCGUUCUCUCGUUUUCCUUUUGAUUAGUAUGACGAAUAUCCACCGUUGAGUUGAAGAGAUAAAUCCAAUAGAAAUCAUAUAUUUUGAGAAAAAUAACCCAAUUCGUCCAUGACAACACACUAGCAUGGCUCAAAAUAGUCCGCCGUGCUGCACAAAUACUGCGUGCCCCAGGUAUCGUGCCAGUGUCAUAUCAGACCGGCACUUGCCCAUUCAGAAACCUCCGACCCCAGUUACUCGUACACACCUACAAUUUAGAAUCCACCCACUUCGGCUCCCUCUUCUCCGCAAAAGCCCUCAAGCCCUCCCUGAAAUUCUCCCC